GACAAGCAGCUCUUCGGAGAUCUCAAAGGCCUUGUCUCCGUGAACUCCCAAGUUCUAUAAACCCCUUCCAUCUUCUUCAACCUCUGAAUCUGAAUCUUCUCCAUACUUUCCCAAUAGCAAAACUUGAUUCUCCGCAACAAGUGCUCAUUUCUUUCACGCAAAUACUUUAUUCUCUGGAAGCUAUACAUAUGGCGGCACUUUAUUCAACGCGUUGCUGUUCUUACCCAUCGGUUCGAUGGUCUCCGCCUCAAUCAUAUCCUUAUUCUCCGUCUCCGUCCAAGUUAGGGAAUCCCCAAUGCCUGACCUUUUCUUCUUCCGCCUCCAAACGCUUUCUUGCCGCCAAGGUUUCUCUGAAAUCUCAAUCCGAUUCCCAGCUGAAUGCCCUCCAUAUGCAGCAGCAGGACGGUGCUGCAGCAGCGACGGCAACUCCUGUUAAAAAUGAAACCACUCCCCAGCGAUUGAAAGAAGAAAUUUUAUCUGUUACAUCUUCAGGAGAAUCUGAAGGUUCUGUCAAUUUUGAUGACAAUGGAAAUGAGUCCACUGUUAGCAUCACUGUCGUUGGAGCCUCCGGAGACCUAGCCAAGAAGAAGAUAUUUCCAGCACUUUUUGCACUCUACUAUGAGGGCUGUCUCCCUAGGCAUUUCACCAUCUAUGGUUAUGCUCGAAGUAAGAUGACAGAUGCAGAACUAAGAAAUAUGGUUAGCAAGACCCUCACUUGCAGAAUUGAUAAGAGGGAGAACUGCAAUGAAAAAAUGGAUGAAUUUCUUAAAAGAUGUUUUUACCAUCCGGGUCAAUAUGAUUCUCCAGAGAACUUUGCAGAGCUAGACAAGAAGCUGAAAGAACAUGAGGUUGGGAGAAUUUCUCAUCGCCUGUUUUAUCUAUCAAUUCCUCCGAAUAUUUUUAUAGAUGCUGUAAAAUGUGCAAGCUCAUCAGCUUCUUCUGCUAAUGGUUGGACGAGGGUCAUUGUUGAGAAGCCUUUUGGCCGUGAUUCAGAAUCUUCAGCUGCUCUUACAAAAUCUCUCAAGCAGUAUUUGACAGAGGAUCAAAUUUUCAGGAUUGAUCACUAUCUUGGGAAAGAGCUUGUGGAAAACCUGUCUGUUCUUCGGUUCUCAAACCUCAUAUUUGAACCCUUGUGGUCAAGACAGUAUAUAAGAAAUGUACAGCUGAUAUUCUCUGAAGACUUUGGCACUGAAGGACGUGGGGGGUACUUUGACCAUUAUGGAAUAAUUAGAGAUAUUAUGCAGAACCAUCUCCUUCAGAUAUUAGCUCUCUUUGCGAUGGAAACACCUGUUAGUCUGGAUGCUGAGGACAUAAGAAAUGAAAAGGUCAAGGUUCUACGUUCAAUGAGGCCCCUGCAACUUGGGGACGUGGUCGUCGGUCAGUACAAGAGCCACACGAAAGGGAAUGUUAAAUAUCCAGCCUACACUGAUGACAAAACUGUACCAAAAGACAGCUUGGCCCCAACAUUUGCUGCAGCUGCUCUCUUUAUAGAUAAUGCAAGAUGGGAUGGGGUGCCUUUUCUGAUGAAGGCUGGGAAAGCAUUGCAUACCAGGAGAGCUGAGAUACGAGUACAGUUCAGGCAUGUUCCAGGCAAUCUGUACAACCGAAAUUUUGGGACAGAUCUUGAUCGAGCAACAAAUGAGCUUGUUAUCCGAGUUCAGCCUGACGAGGCCAUUUAUUUGAAGAUCAACAACAAAGUGCCUGGUCUGGGAAUGAAGUUGGACCGUAGUAACCUGAAUCUCCACUAUGCAGCAAGAUACUCGAAGGAGAUUCCAGACGCCUAUGAGAGGCUUCUUCUGGAUGCCAUUGAAGGAGAAAGGAGACUGUUUAUAAGGAGUGAUGAGCUUGACGCUGCUUGGUCACUUUUUACCCCCGUAUUGAAAGAGCUUGAAGAGAAGAAGAUAAAUCCAGAGUACUAUCCUUAUGGGAGCCGGGGUCCUGUGGGGGCCCACUAUCUUGCAGCAAGAUACGGUGUACGAUGGGGUGACCUUGCUGUUGACCAAUGACCCUCACAUUGUGCUGCAGUUACAAUCACACUAGCAUUACUUUGUGGAUUUUCUUUUUCUCUUGGGGUUUUUCUUUUCUUUUCUUUGUUCACAUUAUUAGCCUUAUUAUAGGUUAUGAGGCGUACAUGAUAAAACCAGGUAGAAGAAUAAACCUGGUACUUUGUAGUUGUAGUGGUUGUUGGGGAAAUUGUUUGAUGACGUUUUUGAUCAAUCAGCUCGACAGCAUGUAUUGGGAUUCUGAGAUGUUAAAAGUAACUUAGCCAUUUUCGUUUUAUUUUUUUAAUCCGAGAUGUUGUUGACAA